UAGUCACGUGAUGUUUGUGCUCCGCUCGGUAGAGUUGUGUACAGAGGGAGAAGGGGACUGAUUGCUAGCUAACGAUUAAAGAAACGGGAUUGAACGUGGAAACAUUUCACACGGUGGGCUUCCUUUCCUAAAAGCGUACAUUGGAUACCUGUUUGUGACGAAGAGGCCUGGACCGGCCGUUUUCAAACAGAACCAACAUACAUUUACGCUUGUAUUGUAGCUAACCAUCGCGCCGUGUAGCCACAGCACAACACAGCAGCGCCAGUCGGAGCCCGUCUCCAAAACAAGAAUGGGGUCUAGGUCCACAGCACGGUGUAGGUAAAGUGACCUUUGGUUGUGUUUUCUAAAUGGCAAAUUUCACGAAUUACCAAGAAAGCAAAGCGGCUAUGUUGUUAGUGGAGACGCAACAGAGGGGCAUCGGGACGAAACCAGCAGCAGCCAAUGAUGGAGACAUCUCGGUCGGGGAACCCCCUUCCCCGUUAUUGAAUAUCGGUGGCGUCGGGGCCAGCGGAGCUCGUUUCCAUCAGCACUUGCCGCCCUCCAGCCACCAUCACUACCCCCAGAGCUCGCUGCCCAAAGGACAACAACACCCGCUGUCGCACCACUACCAGGCGGCGACGGAGCAUCAUCUCUCUGUUGAAAACAUCACGGCGUCCCCGGUAAGGAAAGCCUCGUCAUCGUCUUUGAACCUGGUACAGCAGGACCCCGCUGCUAGCCACCACGCACUCGCUGCGUCGGUAAACGCGGCGUCGGCCGCGAUACAACUAGCCGCGAAUGCUAAUGUUAGCGUGGCUACCUCAGAAGGUGUAGUGGACGACAUUCAGAAGUGUGGCUAUCUGCGGAAACAGAAACACGGCCACAAGAGGUUUUUCGUGCUGAGGGCGGCCAGCCACCUAGGCCUCAGUCGGUUGGAGUACUAUGACAGCGAGAAAAAAUUCCGUAACAGUCUGCGGUCUGCUGCUGCGGCAGCUGCAAACGGUACGGUCGCCCCUUCUCCCCCGAAAAGGGUGAUCUAUCUGUAUCAGUGCUUCACUGUCAACAAACGAGCAGAUUCCAAAAAUAAACACCUCAUAGCCCUCUACACUAAGGAUGAAUACUUUGCUAUUGUAGCUGAAAACGAGCAGGAACAAGAUGACUGGUAUGUAGCGCUGAGUGAACUGAUGAGUGAGGGGAAAAAGGGGCAUCUAGACUCGGACGAGUUGGAUGAUGGCUACGGUACCGUCACACCAGGUACGGUUUUCAAAGAGGUGUGGCAGGUGAACGUGAAACCCAAAGGGCUGGGUCAGACCAAGAACCUCACAGGUGUGUAUCGUUUAUGCCUCUCUACUAAAACUAUCCACCUGGUCAAACUAAACUCUGAGACGCCAUGUGUCAACCUUCAGCUGAUGAACAUCAGACGCUGUGGACACUCAGAAAGCUUCUUCUUCAUGGAGGUGGGUCGGUCAUCCUCUAUAGGCCCUGGGGAGAUAUGGAUGCAGGUAGAUGACUCUGUAGUGGCCCAGAACAUGCAUGAGACCAUCCUGGAGACCAUGAAGGCUCUGAAGGCCUUUGCUGAGAUCCGCCCCAGGAGCAAGAGCCAAUCUUCUGGCUCCAACCCCAUCGCUUUUAUCACCACCCGCCGUCACCUAGGUAACCUGCCUCCGAGCCAGACAGGUCUCCAGCGCCGCUCCAGGACUGAGUCGGUGGUUGGGACGCCGCCGUCGAGUAAGAGCUCUGGCGCCAGCGGCUAUCGCUUCCGAACAUCGAGCGAGGGUGAGGGGACGAUGAACCGGCCAUUCCGAUCCGUUACCGGCAGCCUGAUCCACCUGAACACUGCCCGGAUACACCUGGGGCGCCAGGAGGGCGGGGUAGGGGCAGGGAAUACCGGGAGCACCGGGGUUGUAGGGCGCUACGCCAGGGCACUACCAGGGUCCACCUACCACGCCCGCUCCGCCUCGCUCCCCGUCUCCCACUUUCCCUCCACCACCUCCCCUGUCAGCGUGUCCAGCAGCAGCGGGCAUGGCUCCGUCUCCGAUACCCUUACCCGGCCCUCCUCAGCGUCCAUCUGUGGUUCCCCCUCCGACGGAGGCUUCAACUCCUCAGACGAGUACGGCUCCAGCCCUGGGGACUUCCGCUACUUCAGGGUCCGGAGCAACACUCCUGAUUCCCUUGGCAACACCCCACCAAUCAGAGAAGAGAACUGCAUGAGCGACUACAUGGCCAUGGGCUGGCACCGUGAGGUGUUUGGAGCCGCCAGCGGUGGAGGGAGUAGCUCUGGCAGUGCGGAGACGCCCAACCGGGACGAGAGCACGUCGACGGAUGACGACAGGUCCCUGAGGAGACGUACCCACUCGUUCACGCGGCCCGGGGGUCAGGGGGGUGUUGCCGGCAGCAGCAGUGGUGUGACGGUGUACCAGAAGAUGACCCAGACCACCUUCUCGCUGGACGAGUCGGUGUCCGUGGGAGAGGCCCUGUCUCUCGGCCGCACCGACAGCAUCACCCAGCCUUCCUCCUCUUCUUCUUCCCUCCGCUCUGACUACAGCUCCUGCUCCGAGCACAGCCAGGGCCGACCCCCUCCUUUUUCGGCCAAGGAGGACAGCGGCUACAUGCCCAUGUUGUGUGGGGUGGCAGCCUCACCCUGUGACGCACCGGACUACAUGCCUAUGCAACCCAGCUCCCCCUCUCUUCACCACCACCAUCCCCAGCACUCCCACUCUCCCCAGGCCCCCCGCUCAGCCCAACAGCACACAGACCCCCGUGGCUACAUGAUGAUGCUACCAGGGGGGCGGAACUCCUCUUCCCCAGUCCAGGCCUCCCCCAGCUCCCACAGCAGUAGCAGUAACAUGGGUCUGGGUGGAGGUAGUGUCAGUAGUUCUGGUAGUAUAGUGGAGCGGCCCGAGAAUGGAGAGUACAUGGACAUGUCGUACAGCAGUAGCGGAGGAGGUGGAGGGGAUGCGGCAGGGGGACGGAAGUUCUCCAACGAGGGGGGAUACUACGCACUGAGCAACCCUGAAGGGAGAGACCCCAAAUCAUACAACUACAGCCCCUACUUCUCCCUGCCUCGCUCCUACAAGGCCCCCGCUGCGAGAGAGAGGGAACAGAGAGAGAGGGAACAGAGAGAGAGGGAACCGAGAGCGCAUGAUGAGUAUGUACCCAUGAGCUCCCCGGCAAAACCAGUCUACUCCCAGGUUGCUACCGGCAACGUCGGGGAGAGGGGUGUGACGACGAGGGGUGUUGGUAGUGGGGGGUCUGACACCCCUCACAUCCUCCCUCACGGCUACCCGCCCCCUCCCUACGGGGUGCACCACCAAGCGGCUAACGGUGACCGUCGGACGACCCCGGUCCGGCCCAACCGCCUCCCCCUAGGGCGCCGCAGCUUCCACGGGUCACUGAGAGUCAGCGAGCCGGACGCCGCCGAGGUACUCUCCAGCCCUGGAGAGUACAUCAACAUCGAGUUUGGGGGCCGCUACGGACCCUCAACGGCCUGCCCCCUCUCUGCCCAGGAUGGUUCACCCUCGGUGGGCUCUGCUGAGCAGCGCCACUCCCCUCCCCACCCCUAUCCUCAGAACCAGGACUAUAUGAGUGUAGAGGUGGGGGUUGGAGGUGGGGGUGGUGAUGGAGGACGCCUGGCUAAGAAUAAGUCUCCCAGACCCUCACUGGUGGCUCCCUGGAACCCACCCAGCUACAUCCGACCUCUUGCCGCUGGCGCCUCCGUGAGUGGGGCCCCUGGUUCUUCUGGAGCUCGAUGGCGGACGGGGACAGAUGACUACACAGAUAUGACCUUUAACCUCAGCAGUGGUGAGGAGUCACGGGGGUUACGGAGUAGUCCCACGGCCAUGCUGCAGCACCUGUGUUUGAUGGAGAGCUGCUACCCCCCCACCUUAACCCCCACCUCUGCCUCCCCUCCCUCCUCCAGCCCCCAGCUUGAGCCCAUCAAGGUGAUACGUGCGGACCCCCAGGGGCGACGCCGACACAGCUCCGAAACGUUUUCCUCAUCCUCCACCUCCGGAGGAGUCGGAGCCACAAGCUCCAGCACCAACCCCAACCCCUCCUUGGGCUCAGCCAACCCCUCGGCCCUCAACGUAGCUCAUCUGGCCGAGAGCUCCAAGUGGACCGGCUCUGGUUCCUUUGACAGUGUGUGGAUGUGUGUUGAGGGGGUCGGGGGGGACUCGGCUGGUCUCCCUGCCCGUCCAGGGCCUUCUGAUCUGGGCAUUGCCUCAGCCUCAUCUGUGUGUCCUCCUGGGGGUCGGAUGUGCAGGAACAUGUCUGUGGGGUAUCAGAACGGACUCAACUACAUCGCCCUGGAGCUGAGAGAGGACCGGGACUCUAACCCUCUACCCGUACCCCAGCAGCAGCAGGGAGGCACCGGGCAUGGUACCGGGGUGACCCCCAACGCCCCCCAAGCCAGUAACCUGACUGUGCCAGUAGCAGAGGACAACGGAGCCUAUGGCAGUAUAGACUUCAUCAAGUCAGACAGGAUGACUGCCACGUCCAAGGACUGAUGGAGGAAGCUGAGAAGGGAGCAUCACAGACUCCCUCUACCGUGGCCUUCAACACCCCCACACCACACUUUGAUCUUCAACCUCUCAACCUCGACCUCAAGGACUCCAGCCCACGAGGUCACGCCCCCUCUGAACAACAACAACCGCAACAUCACCAAGACGACAGAAAACGAAGACUGAAUGCGCCACAUUUGUGUUUAAUAAUUUCAUUUUUUUUGCAAACUUUUUUUAUUUUUGAUAUAUCUAAAAAAAACAAUCCUUCUCAGACCCGGUUCUGAGGCUGCUGUCAAUGUUACUGGACUUUAGUUCUGUCUUUCUUUCUGAUCUAACAGUACGAAAAGGGAGCUUCGCUGAAACACUUGAGUAUGGCUGUAUAACAACAAUAAGUCCUAGAGACGGGGUGCAGACUGGUCAGUACAGAUUUCUCUCCAGACUUCAACACUACUAUAUUUAUAGGUUUCAGGUGUGUUCAUUAUGUUAACAGGAUUGUAUUGAGUAUUUUUGUACAGCUAAUAACAUGGAACGGUACUGGACUCAACGAUGGUCCCAGUUUUCCUGAUGAAAAAUAUUUUACGUAAAAGAAGCAGGUACUUUAUUUCCACAUAAGGCCCUUUUUAACACAGGUCUGGUACUGUGUGUGUGAGACGCUUACACACACACACACACACACACACACACACACACACACACACACACGUCAGUGUGUCCUGUUGAGGCUAGGCGACACCCACUGUUUCUGUGAAUCCACUAGUCAGUCAGUAGAGCUGCUGGGUCACACACACACACACACACAGGGGUGCUGGAUGCUGUCAGGUUUUCCAGUAACCUGACUCUACCCCCAAGGUGCUGGGCAUACUUGCCCCCCUGUGCAACACACAUACACACUCAAUACACACGGACACACUUACACACUCAAUACACACACACUUACACACUCAAUACACACACGGACACACACUUACACACUCA